AUGGUAAAAGUGAGGGCUGCGUGGCAAAGAACAACUAAUCAUUGUUUUGUCCAAGAAGAUGCCAAAAGAGCUCCCAAGUUAGCUUGUUGCCAAUCAUCCUCUUCUUCAUCAAAACAAGUUGAUGGGGGACCAACAAGUGCAACAAAUAUACUAGAUAAUUCUGCUAUAGAUUUCCUACUCUGCACAGGAACUCUUCAUAUCCUAACCUAUCCCUUGAUACAAGAUGGUGGCUUCAACUGCAACCUAGUUAUGGGUACCAAAAAGAAAUCUCUUGACUAUAUUGGGAAUUGUGACCUUCUCCCACCUCAAAAGGUACAUGUUAGGAGAUAUCCAUAUGGCCAUCCUAGAUUUUUUGAUCAUGAUGAUACAAUACCCUCAUCUUUGGAUUGGAAGGCACAAAAUGGUGGUAUCCAUAUGGCCAUCCUAGUUCUAAAACCACUCAUGGAAGACAAAGAGCUUCAACUGGAGGGCACUUACAAAAUGAUGUAUGAUUCUAUACAACAAAAAUUGGAAAACUUCCUGAGGGCGAUCUAUCAAAAGCUCAGCUCCUGGAAGCAAUUCUUCGUUCUCAAACACGAGUCAAGGAAGCUGAGAAGGAAUGCAAAGCAAGCCUUUGUUGAGAAGGAACACAUCAAUAAGCUUUUCCUUAGUCAAAACUCACAGCUUUUUGCCUAUAAGGAGUGGUUUGAAAUGCUACAGCUUGAAAUCCUUUACUAUCAGGUAAAAAAUGGUGAGAAGCCAAUAUCCACUCUAUUCCUUGUAGUUCUUCCACGGAUUCCUCUUAAGGGCAGGAACCUACAAAAGAGCUGGCAAAAGUUCACAAGGGGCAAGCAUGGUCGACCAAGUCAUGACAUUAGCAAGUAUGUUGUUGCAUUUGCACUAGGUUUGAGUAUUGUUGGUGCUAGCUUGCUACUAGGAUGGGUGUUGCCUUUGUAA